AUGGCGCAAACGAAAUAUUUCCAUCGCGAGCGCUCGGAGUCAAUCGGGGCUAGAAAAGGGCUUCUUGGGCGGUUUAGCCCGCCUCUUCUCUGGGUUCCUAGAUACAAGCUGGACCCGAACGGUAAUGGAAGCACGAGGAAACAUGUGUUGAUUUGUUGGGAGCAACUUGUUUCCAGACACUGGGGGCAGAGGAAGCCGGGCUGUUAUUAUGCCAAAGCCAAACCCAACGAGAUGCAGAAGCCUAGAAGAGUGAUGGAGAAGAAAGAGAGAGGAUUGACACGACGUGGAGCUGAGAGGCACCGGUGCACGGGCUUUUCAGCACCUCCCGCGCGACUCAGCUCUCUCCCUCAACUCUUCCACCUCAACCAUCGCCUUACUCCUUCAAUACGCUAUAAUCAUCUCUCCACGAAGAGACCACUCGCUAAGCGCCAUGCCCUUAUUCUUCAAUCGCGUGAUGCUGUCGAUAUUCCAGUCGUAUGCGGAGUCGAUAUCUUCGUCGCCCCGUAA